CCAAAGAGGUUGAAUGACUCUUCUGGCAGCUGUGCCCCUCUCUGACGCAGCUUUGCUCUCAAGCAUCUUUCAGAUGCGAUUGGAUGGGUGGAACAGCCUGACCACCCCAUGUAUUUGCAGUUAUUGAGAAAGGUGCUGAACCCGCUGCCCUGCUGGUGUGAGGCCCUCAUUGGUGCCACGGAGGGGCCGAUCCAACAGCCCCACUCCUACAAACAGCGGGCUGGGACAUGCAGAACCAUUGGGGCGCACAGGGUUGUUCAGGCUGUGCAUGGAGGAACCUUAGCUGAGAGAAGAAGCAAGUUUUGAUAGAGUGUUUGGUAUGAAUUAGCAGACAUGGGUGGGCAGUCUGAUGAGGUCAUUAAUACCUUGGUGUUGGGCAAGGUAAAUACAGAAUCACCAAAAUGUCUUGGUGAAAAGCUCUGAAAGGCUUGGCAGGUGAUUUUUGGUUAGAGGUUUUGUCACAGGCUGUGCCUUUUGAGUGCAGAAACUGUGCCAGCUGCAGCUGUGGUCCAGAGCUGCCCUCCAAGGAAGGUAGCAAGGGAUGGUGAUACUUCACUAGCCGGCAUAGAUGGGAAGAAUUAUGUCACGGGACCAGUUUGGGUGAGGGAUGACAGACCUCUGUAUGCUGAAAAGAGAAUUGGCAGAAUCCCAUUACAGCCCGGUCAUGUCCUGUCCUGAUCCACUCACAGGCCUAAGUGGUACUGGAUCAGCAUUACAGUUUUGGUCAGACUAGAGUCUAGCAGGAAGGUAAGAUGUCCUUACAUCUUUAGUACAAGAGAAAAUAACUGUGGUGUUUUAAUCCUGCUGAGGGACAGCCAUGGUGUAACUGGGUCUUGUGACACAGCUGCUUCUGUAACAAAGACAGGAUCCUAGAUGAGGGUGAAUGAAGAUGAUGAUGAAGAAUCUCAAGGAGUUAAAGCCUGGGGUGUAUUGCAGCAACAGUAGGUCCUCGACAGCCAUGGAUUAUUUAUUGCUAUACCCAGCAGUUCUGCAGUGUUUUAGCAAGCACGUAAGUCAGGGAUCUCAAGAAGAGCUGUUGCUGCCUUGCUUUGGAGGAGAGAGUACAGCAAGUGGCUCUGGAGCUGUGCAAAGCUGCAGAUAUCAGGGAGAAAACCAGCCAGGAAGGAUGUGGCAAGUGGUAGCUCAAGAGGAGAAGGUAUUGUCUAUUUGGGACCUGGAUAAGAGCAUGGGAAUAAAAGCUGGGCUCUGAACAGUUAAGAGGAAAGAGGGAGGAAAGAGUGGUAGCUAAGACAACCUUGAAAGUACCAGCACCAUGAUGGUGGGUGCAAAUGAAUGGGAGGGAGACUGCAGCAGAUGAGGAAGUUCUCAUUACAGAGAACUUGAUGAGACCAUAAAAGCCUCUGUGAAACCUAGCAGUCCCCAUGCCUUUCCUCUGGUGAAACUUCCCCGGCUGGUUGGAGAUAACUCUGUGCUGAAGCUGAUGUGGCAGAUCUGUUAGUCACUGCAGACUGACCCAGAACUGAGAGCAUGCUUAGGAACAGGAAAAGUAACUGAACUCGAUGUCUGUGCUUUGAGUGAGUGCUGCAAGUGGAGUGCUCGACAUCUGGCAGCUGCUCAGCAGCUCGAGGUUAAAUUGCUCUCCUUCCCCAGCUCUGAGUCUGUUGAAAAAGCAAGAAAGGAGACAACUGAUGAAGUCUUGGAAUGCCAGAAGCAAUAAGCAAAUGUUGCGAAAUACUGGGAAUCACUGGCCUGUGACUAUUUAAAAUGGAAAAUGCAGUUCAUAAUGGCAGAAACUGCACUUUCAAAAUAUGAAUUGAAAUGUUGUCAUUCUGCAGGCAGGUUUGGUGAGCAGUCCUGGCAGCUGUGGAUUUUAUUCCUCUUUCACAGUAAGGCCAGCACAGACAGAAGCAUCCGCUGGGGUGCUCAAGGCCUCGCUCCAAUGUACCCUGCGGUCCAGGAAUAAUUAAAUUUAAUUGGUUUUUGUGAGAAAAGCGGCAGCAGAAAGUACCUGAUUUGUACCUUUAUGCUAAAUGCUAAAAUUCUGAUCCAUAAAAUACUGCUGACCUUGGGCAUGCUGGAAAGUGUAAAUUAAAACAGCUUCUAGCUACACAGUUAGUGGGGAAAAACAUGGUCCUUGUUUAUUUACUUAGGAUGGGGGGCCCUGGCAGGAGCUUCACCUGUCUGAGUCUGUGCAGGAUGACUAUGACUUUGUCAAAGAAGUGACAGGACACAACUUUUGUCACAGGUGCUGUCCAGUUAUAACACUGGGCUUUAAAGAGGGUGACUAAAAGCAGCGUCUUGCUGCAGAUGUCAAAUGCAUUUUCAUCCGGUUUUACUUAUGUUGCAAGGAGGGCCCUGAUAAGGGACUCUGGACGUAUGAAGUGUGUGUGCUCUUGCAAGUGUUAACAGAACUGAGAGCCCACUAAUUGUUUUGUUUUGGGGUUAUUUGUUUGUUUAUUUAUUUAUUUACUUUCCAGAAAAAGCUUCCUUCUCUACUCACACUGCUGGAUCUGAAGGCAAAGGCCAGCUGGGGACCCAGUGCCUGGUGGAGAUGGCGAGGACCCACCGCUAUGGUGGCGGUGCCCAGAGCAGCACAGCUGUCAGCCACCCCUCUGACAGAGAUGCAGGUGUGGGAGCUCCGAAACCUGGCACCUUGCGGACAUCCGCUGGCUUAUGCUGUACGGACUUUGCAUCGGGGCUCUCACAACCCUGGUGGGGGGACGUUACCCACCCAACGUGCUCUUUCUCUCUUUUUUUUUUUUUUUGGUGGGUGUGUGGGAAAGCCGAAAUCCGACGUCGGUGCUGGGGUCCCCCCCAGCAUCGCAGGACCGAGGGGACAAGAUGGCGCCGCCGGUGGCUCCCCUCAGCCGCGGCGCGAGGUCGUGGCGAGAAGGGCGGGGGGGGGAAGGGCGUCGCCUCGCACCCGCCCCUCCCUCUCUCCCUCUCCCUCCCUCCCUCCCUCCCUCCCUCGCGCGGCGUCGCCAUCUUGCAAGCGGAGAACCGGAGGGGCUGAGCUCUGCUGCUGCCUCUGCCUCUCCCCCUCCCCUCCGGCCGGGCUGCCUUCUCCCGGGGCCGGGGGGCCGGAGCCGGCAGGAGAAAUACUAGUAUCAAAGAAUGACAACAGCUGCUUCACCAAGUGAAUGCAUUGUGCAAGAGGUCGUUACUUACAGCUACCAGCUUUAUUGAACUCUUCCUAACAUUUCAUCCUUAUUUUCUUUUAGGAGCGGAAAAACAACUUAGGUUUGAUGUUUUGUGUGCCAUCAACUGAAAUUGGGGCCAUCAUGAAUAUAACCAAGGGUGGACUGGUGCUGUUUUCAGCUAACUCCAAUUCGUCAUGCAUGGAACUAUCGAAGAGGAUUGCUGAGCGCUUAGGAGUUGAGAUGGGGAAGGUUCAGGUUUAUCAAGAGCCAAACAGAGAAACAAGAGUGCAGAUUCAGGAGUCUGUGAGAGGGAAGGAUGUAUUUAUCAUCCAAACAGUUUCAAAGGACGUGAAUACUACGAUCAUGGAACUCCUGAUCAUGGUGUACGCCUGUAAAACCUCCUGUGCCAAAAGCAUUAUAGGAGUGAUUCCUUACUUCCCGUACAGCAAACAGUGCAAGAUGAGGAAAAGGGGCUCCAUUGUCUCUAAAUUACUGGCUUCAAUGAUGUGCAAAGCUGGACUAACUCAUCUUAUUACCAUGGAUUUACAUCAGAAGGAAAUACAGGGCUUCUUCAAUAUUCCAGUUGAUAACUUGAGAGCAUCUCCAUUUUUACUACAGUACAUCCAAGAAGAGAUACCAGACUACAGGAAUGCUGUAAUUGUGGCCAAAUCACCUGCGUCUGCAAAGAGGGCACAAUCCUUUGCUGAGCGCUUACGGCUGGGAAUUGCUGUGAUUCAUGGGGAAGCUCAAGAUGCUGAGUCUGACAUGGUGGAUGGUCGACACUCACCACCUACAGCCAAAAACGUAGCUGCGAUUCAUCCCAGUUUGGAGAUACCCAUGCUGAUUCCCAAGGAAAAACCACCCAUCACAGUUGUUGGAGAUGUAGGAGGGAGAAUAGCUAUCAUCGUGGAUGACAUCAUAGAUGAUGUCGACAGCUUUCUUGCUGCAGCCGAGACCCUCAAGGAGCGGGGGGCUUACAAGAUCUUUGUCAUGGCCACACAUGGCCUGUUGUCUUCAGACGCUCCCAGGCUGAUAGAGGAAUCUGCAAUCGAUGAAGUGGUUGUUACAAACACAAUUCCGCACGAAAUACAAAAACUCCAGUGCCCUAAAAUCAAGACUGUGGAUAUCAGCAUGAUCCUCUCAGAAGCCAUUCGCAGGAUCCAUAACGGGGAGUCCAUGUCGUACCUUUUCAGAAAUAUAGGACUGGAUGAUUAAUGCUUUUUAUUCUAAAGAAACAACCCGGGCCAAACUGGAAGCGAACAGAUAACGAGCUGUGAAGCGUCAUGCUUACCUUAAUAUUUCUAUUGAGCCACUUUUUGUUUUCUCUUGGUUUGAGUAUCAAGGUAGAACAGUUUUUAAGAGCUAUUUUUUUUCUUUGCAGGGUUGUUUUUUUUGGGGGGGGUGGGGGGUGGGGGGGUGGGGAAUAAACAUUUUACAAAAAACUGUUCUAGUUGCUUUUAGGUUAGUUGCACUAUAUACAUGAUGGAAAAAAACCCACAAAACACUUGAGGCAGGAUUUUGGCUUCUAAAUUAAGCAUUCCUUUUCCAAAGCUGCUUGCUACAAGUGCUUUAAAAGAUAAUAAAAUGAAGUGACUGUAUAAUAUUUGCAUUUUCAAAGCCAAAAAGGUUGUACUGUUGUACGCAGUUAAGUGAUUUUGUAGGAGUGCUUUUAUAGAAAAGCAUAUGAAAUAUGCACCUGUAUUUAUUUUCUGCGACAAAGAAUAAAGAAUUGUUUUGUGUGAGCUUUCUAAAAA